AUGACCUCUUCCCCUUGGUAUAAGGAGAGACUGCCUUCUAAAUGUUUUCAAGACCGUGUUGUUAAGAAAGAGAGGUUCUCUGAUGCCCUCAAUGGCAAGCGAUGGAGAUUUUUGAAAAGCGGCUUAGAUGAUUUCAGAAAUGGCUGCCCCGACCCUUCUGAUAAUAUAACUAUUCGUGGUAAAAUGGGACUUGUACCAAUCAUUCUACAUUACGACAAAACGGAUGAUUCUGAAAUGAUACCAUACAAAGUCUCAGAGCCACAGGCCAGAAGUGAUGUCGUUUACUCCAAACUCAGUCGAGCUCAGAAAGCAAAGAAAAACUAUAUAACACAGACAGAACGCUGCCUGGCGCAACAUCCACUGGCACUUUAUCCUCACUUGGAGGAGAGUGUGCCCCCAGAGCUUUUCCCUGAUGUUUUACGGUUCCUGGACCCCGAGAUGCACUUGACUAGAGAAUCAUUCCUUGAUAAAAAACCUAAAGAGGAUCACCCCACUUCUGUUCAGUAUCAGGAAGAACGUGACACAAAACCAGAAACACGCUUCACCCCAACUGUCCCUGCAUGGCUGCCAAAAAAGAAGAACCCUUACACAUGGCUUAGUGAAAAAGAGGUUGCUGAGAGAGAAAAAGCAGCCAAAAUAGCUUAUGUUCCUCCUUUGGAUGAGAAUGUAAAGCGUGUAACAAAAGAGUUCUGCGACUGGGUCAGAGAAAUGGGAGGUGAAAAUAACAUUGAUGAAGCCACCAUCAUGAAUCUGUUUGAUACAAGGUAUGAAUCCAAAGCCAAGCCUCUCUUGCCCAUGAAAAUAGUGGAGCUCUAUCAUGUGCCAGGAGAACUGAGAGACCGUGAGGGAAAAUCCCCAAGCCGGGCAACUAUGAAGAGCCUCGCAAAGAGAACACCUUCAGAACCCAAAGGUGAAAAGUAUCAAUAUGGAGCCUGGUACCUUCAUCCCAAGAAAUGGAAGAAGAAAAAAGCAACAGAGACGGAGGAAAUACCUGAUUGUCUUCAGUACUUUCUAGAUUUGAGAAAAAAGAACAUCUCAACGGACCAAGGCGAUGAAGUGCCUCUCCAUGGAACCUAUGCUUUUGAGCAGUUUCUGGAAAAGAAAGGCUACAGGAAGCCAGCGUUUCUUCUGCAGAUGUUAGCUGCAAGUAGUCCAAACAAGGUAGAGAGCGGUGAAAUGUCUUCAAGAAAGCUAUCUCUGUCUGUCUUUGAAGAACUUUACAUACGAUCUUCCUCAAUCUUUAAGGAUUUAUAUUAG